ACGGCGAUUCACCUUUAACGGAACUGAGUCACUGAACCAGACUCCACCCCAUGAAGAUGAAGCAGGCUCUGGCUCUCCGUUUCUUAAUCGCUUUGUGCCUAUGGUUUCCUACGGCGGCAGACCAUGAAGGCCGAAGCGCGCGCGGCUCCAUCCUCUUCUACACGGUGGGUCGCUCCAGCUACGAGUUCGACAUCUUCAGUCUCCCGAUACAGGUCGAUGAUUCCACGCCCAACUCUGCCAACGAAUUUCAGAUAACCGACGGCCGCUCCGUCAACUACAACGGCCAUUUCCCCGCCAUCUCCCCAUCAUCACCGUCCAUUCUGCUUGAUCAAAUCCUCACCACAAACCCAGCUUCGCGGCCGCCGAUCCACCUGAUCUAUGUCUCCGAGCGGAACGGAUCUUCGACUAUAUACCUCGACGCAGUAUUCCAUGGUGGCGGUCCUGAUGGCGGCAGAAGGAGGUCAACGCUCGAAGUUUCGAAUCGGGUUCAAGUCCCUUUGGUCGGGAAUCAACAAUCCCACGGUCGGAUUUCGAUGAAGGAUAGGCCCAGUUUGGUGGGUGAUCAUCUGGUCUACGUUUCGACCCAUGAGAAGAGUCGCGUGCCGAGGACGAGUUGGACGGCGGUGUACUCAACUCACCUGCGGACCGGGUUGACUCAGAGAUUGACCCCUCAUGGGGUGACUGAUUUUAGCCCCGCUGUGUCGCCGUCGGGGACUUGGACGGCCGUGGCGUCGUAUGGAGAAGGAAGGUGGAGCGGCGAAGUGCAAGAGCUGAAGACCGAUAUAUUUAUUUUCAGGACCAAGGACGGGUCCGGCCGAGUCAAGGUGGUGGAGCACGGCGGGUGGCCUAGUUGGAUGGACGAGUCCACUCUUUACUUUCACAGGGAGAGUGACGAUGGGUGGUGGAGCGUCUACAGAGCAGUUCUUCCUAAAAGCGGCCGAAUCAGUGUUGACUCGGUGGUGACUCAGCGAGUCACUCCACCGGGCCUUCAUGCUUUCACUCCGGCGACUUCGACUGCCAACAGGACCUUCAUUGCCGUGGCAACCCGGCGACCCGAUUCAGAGUAUCGCCACGUAGAGCUCUUUGACGUCGUUUCUAAGCAGUUUUGGGAGGUCACCCGAUAUGUUUCUCCAAAAGCCAAUCACUUUAAUCCAUUCGUCUCCCCCGAUUUCACCCGAGUCGGGUACCAUAAAUGCAGAGGGCUGAGCAACGUCAUGACAGAUAACCACUUGUUACUCGAAAACAUCCACACCCCACUAAAAGAUGUAUCAGCUUUCCGCAUCGAUGCUCCUUUUCCUUCUUUCUCUCCGGCAGGUGAUCGAAUUGCUUUUGGUUUCCAGGGCAUUUCUGUGAUGAACCUAGAUGGGUCGGGCCUUCGCCAGGUCUAUUCUGGAAGAGUAUUCGCAACCGCUUGGGAUCCAAUAAGGAAAGGGGUAAUAUACACCAGCGCUGGACCCUCAUUUUCUUCAGUGAGCACCAAAGUUGACGUGAUCUCUAUCAAUGUUGACGACGACGAAUUGACCCACAAAAAAUUGACGGAGGGAGGCGAGAACAACGCCUUCCCAUCGCCUUCGCCCGACGGGAAAUGGGUCGUUUUCCGGUCGGGCCGCUCGGGUUACAAGAAUUUGUAUAUAAUGAAUGCCGUAAAUGGGGAGAAGGCCGGGCUGUUUAGACUCACGGAAGGGCCAUGGGACGACACGAUGGCAAAUUGGUCGCCCGAUGGAGAUUGGAUCGCCUUCUCAUCGGAUCGAGAAAACCCGGGUUCAGGAAGCUUUGCAUUAUACAUGGUCCACCCGAACGGGACGGGUCUGAAGAAGGUAUUCGAGAGCGCGCCAGGUGGACGGGUGAACCACCCGUGGUUCAGCCCGGACGGGAAGAGCAUGGUCUUUACGUCAGACUACGCCGCCGUGUCGGCGGAACCAAUCUCCAACCCUCAUCACUUUCAGCCCUACGGCGAAAUCUUUACGAUGAGAUUGGACGGUUCCGGGUUGAGGAGAAUGACCCAUAACUCGUACGAGGACGGGACACCGACGUGGGGACCCGCUUUCAUGAGGCGGGUCGAUGUGCAGCGACCCCUUGACGAACAAUGCAACUUCAGCGACAAUCCUUGGCUUAGAGCCGUUACGAAUUCUGUCGCCGUAAAAGCCCAGUGCGGCGGCCAGUGAUAUGUAGCCUGUCCGAAGUAAAACUGUUUUGUACAUAUUUUGUUUGUGCUGUAGUACCAUGAUGUACCACUACUUGCAGCUUAUAUUUUUCAGAUUGACCUAUUUGACAUGAUAGUUGUUUAUGGGACAAUUCGAUUUGUGUCCGAAGUAAAACUGUUUUGUACAUAUUUUUCA